GCCUUUGGUUCACAGGAAUGCCAUCCUAUUCCUGUACAGGAUUUCUUCCUUUCCUUCACGUUUUGCAGGAACAGAAAAAAGAGGUCCAACCUAAUGGAAAACUUCCUGGCGCGAACGACGCGCGCGGCGGCAACUGUUCCCUCCCUUUUUUUCGCUCGGCCGCUUCACUCACCUGCGCACAAAUAGAGAGAGGGAGGGGAAAAGAAGCAAAAUCGACAUGUCCAGCCGCCCCUCCUCUCCUCACACAGAGCGGCGCAGCUCCAACCUUGAAGAUCGACCGGCAGGGAGGACGGCGGCAGACGGCCGCGCGACGCGACCACAUCCAGGCGGCGGGCAGGAACCACCGGCAAGCUGGAGCAUCUACCGUCGACCAGCUAGCCACCAAGCCCCAGCGGCAUCCAUCUGCCGCAAGUCUCUUCAGAUGGAUGAUCAAGGCAGGAUGAUAGACUUUGGUAUUCAAGGCCAUGAGUUCAGUCAAAGGACUACAAUACCUUGUCCAAAUAUUGGUCACCAUCAGGACAAUGGACUUGAUGACCUGGAGUUUACUCAAGGAGCUACAGGACACCAAACAAAUAUUGGUCAGGACAAUGGACUUGAUGACUUGGAGUUCAGUCAAAGGAUCAUAGGACGCCGUCCUAAUUUUGGUACGCUGCAGCGUUGUGAUGACCUCGACUUUGACCAAAGGAGUGCAAGGCAGCAUGAGGAUAGUGUUUCAAAGUCCAAAAAGAGUCUUCCUAGAGCCAAGUGGAGUCACCAAAUGAAGCUAUAUCUUAUUCAACAGCUGAAAGAUUUUAAUGUCCCAGGUUAUAGAACUCAGAAUGCAUGGAGUAAAGAGGCAUGGAAUAAGAUUGUGGAUAACAUAAACAAAAAGUUUGGCUUGUCACUAGAUGUUAAAAAAGUGAAACAAAAGGAACAGGAUCUGAAGAAAGACUUCCGCACUGUGAAAGAGUUGGCAGCUGAGAGUGGCUUUGGUUGGGACCGUAUCGGAAUGAAAGUUGUUGCCCCAGAUGCUGUUUGGGAAUCAUUUGCGGAGCGUCGUAACACGGAUGCACUCAUAUGGAGAGACAAACACUUUCCAUAUUAUGAUGAUUUAUUUGCAUUGUAUGAAGGACGGUAUGCUGAAGGAAGGAAUAGGCGUGGCAUGGACUAUUAUGCAGAUAGGGAUAAAGAACCAUCACAAACCAAAUUUGCAGAAUCACAAGGGACCAAUGAUUAUGAUGGAUCACCCUCACCUAAUAUAAAUGCUGCUGAUUUUCCCAUUGAAGAAGAAGGUGAGAAAGACACUUCUGAUUUUCCCCAGCAGCAAUGCCCAUCAAGGCGCUCCACACAAAUGAAUUCUCAGUUUGUGAAAACACCGGAAAUGUGUGGAGCAAGACCCACAAAGAGGCAGAAAAAUAGUGAUUUUCAAGAGAAGUACUUGAAGCUCAAGAAAGAAGAAAUUGAACGGUUUGCAGCUAUUGAGGAGAAGAAGCUUGAGGAUCCCUAUAGCAUCAGUAGGUGUGUCACAAAACUUGAACGUCUACCUGGUCUACAAAUGGCUGAUAUGGUGAUGGCUGCUGAUAUCUUCAAAAGCAAGGAGAAUAGAGAGCUUUUCCUAUCGUUUUCUACGGAUGAACCAAGGUUAGCCUGGCUCAAAAGGCAGAUUGGGCAUAUCUAA